GAUUUUCUGUAACAAACCGUGUUCACACUCGAGAGUUUUACGACAGCUGUCACGUUUACUACAGCGCGAAAACCGUGAAGUUCUUAGAUUUGAACGUACGUACAUAAAAAAUGUCUAAUCGCUAGUAUGCGUGUCAUCAUCGUCGAGUAAAACUCACGUGUGUGUUAUAAAGAAAGGUUUUAAAAUAGAUUGUCAGGGGCGUUUUUAAAGACGCAAAGUCAUUUUCGAUUGAAUGUAUGAGAGUUGUAUAUCUCAUAUUCUCAAAUUUAGAAGAAGGGAAACUUCUAAACGCCGAUCAAGGUCAAUGUCCUACCUACUGUCAGAUGCUGUGAUGCUUCUGCUGCUGUCAUCCCACGAGUAGGACAAGAAAAAUUUUGGAGACACUUGAAAGUGUUGCUCAAACCACAGAUCAGCUGUUUAAAAAAAAUCAUUAAUCAUCAUCUUCAAUCAUCAUGAAAAGCAUGAGAUACGUCUGGAUCAUAUUAUUGCUGUUAACGUUAUACGUAUUAUAUUCAUAUAACUAUCAGAAAACAGUUGGCAUGAGGCUCCACUUUUUACAUGACAAUAUCCUCAGCACUUUUUUUGCCCUCACAAGGACAAUACAAAGUUCGUUUCCAGGGCAAAUUAAAGACAAGGAGAAAUUAGUCAGACUUUUAACAGCAGAUGAACUUGCUCAAUACUCAACACUUGAGGAUGGCUUAUACCUCGCAAUACUGGGUCAGGUUUAUGAUGUCACUAAAGGCAAGAAACACUAUGGUCCUGGAGGAGCGUAUAGAGCGUUUGUUGGGCGUGAUGCAUCUUUGGCCUUUGUUACCGGGGAUUUUACUGAUGAGGGAUUGACUGAUGACGUAUCAAGUUUGACACCCUCACAAAUUAAAUCUUUGCAUGAUUGGGGCCAAUUCUAUGCUAAGGAUUAUGUUUAUAAAGGGAAACUUGUGGGCAGAUAUUUUGACAGCAAUGGCAAUCCCACAAAACAAUAUCAAAUGGUCCAGGAAAAAUUAGCCUUAGCUGACAUGGAAAAGUCUGAUGAGGAACAGAAAAAGAGAAUGUUUCCACCAUGUAACAUCGAAUGGAAACCAGAAGUUGGCACCAGGGUAUGGUGCACCAAGCGGAGCGGUGGGAUCGAAAGAAACUGGAUUGGGGUACCACGAAUGUUGUAUGAAGCUGGUUCUGAGCAGUACCGUUGCACAUGUGUCAACUUGAGAAGCAAAGAAUAUGAGACACACAAAGGAAGUCUGAGAGAAUAUGAAGGUUGUGCAGAAGGCGCAACAAAUUGUUUAAUUCCAAAUAGUGAACAAGUUGGGUAGAGUUUAUUCGGCCUAUGAACACAAGAAGAGAACAGUGAUUACCACUUGAGGCCUGAGCUUUUUGAAAAAACGAAACAUCUAUUUUUGUAUACCCCUCAUACGAAAGUUACUUAAUUUCUUUUGGCUACUGUAUGGAGUAUGUAUAUUACUUACUCAUUAUUGAGUUUUGUAUUUGAAAUAUUUUUAUGUAAUAAAGAUUGCAUUGUGAUCUAUAAA